UAACUACUAUAAAACAUCUGUGAGACCGUUCUAAAUUUGUACUUAUUUUUAUUGCCGUUUUUGCAUUUCUGAUUUUAUACGAUUUAUGUACCUGUGAAUUAGAGUUUAAUAUCCAAUUACUAAAAUAAAUAAAUAACCGUAAUAAACAUUAACAGUUUGUAAGAUCUUUUAUAAUAGGAGUGUAAGUUUGAACAUUUAUAGUAUUUAUAAAUUACAAAUUAAGUCAAAUUAAAUGUAAUAACAAUAAAAAAACAUUUUACUGAAUGAGUAUUACUUUUUGGAUUGUGACAAAUAAUGAAUGAAAGAUGGCGGACUCAGCGGGUAAUUGGUGUCCUAUUGAAAGCGAUCCUGGUGUUUUUACAGAAUUAAUCAAAGAAUUUGGUGUCAAAGGUGCUCAAGUGGAAGAAUUAUGGAGUUUGGAUGAUGAACAGUUCGACUCAUUGAAGCCUAUACAUGGUUUAAUAUUUUUAUUUAAAUGGGUUCAGGAUGAUGAACCCUCAGGAAGUAUUGUUCAAGACAAUAGAUUAGAUAAAAUUUUUUUCGCAAAGCAGGUGAUUAAUAAUGCAUGUGCAACACAAGCAAUAUUAAGUGUAUUAUUAAAUUGUAAACAUUCCGAUAUAUCAUUGGGACCGAAUUUGGAGGAAUUCAAAAACUUUUGUCAGAGUUUCGAUGCUAAUAUGAGAGGACUUGCUCUUAGUAAUUCUGAUGUAAUAAGAGAAGUACACAAUUCUUUUUCAAGGCAAACGUUGUUUGAAUAUGAUUCAAGAAAAGCAUCUAAAGAUGAUGAUGUAUUUCAUUUUGUUAGUUACAUUCCAAUUGAUGGUCGAUUGUACGAGUUAGAUGGGCUAAAAGAUGGACCAAUGGACCUAGGUCCAUGUCCACUUGGAGAUCAAUGGGUUCAAGCAGCAAAACCUAUAAUACAAAAACGAAUAAAUAAAUACAAUGAAGGAGAAAUUCAUUUUAAUUUGAUGGCUAUAGUAACUGACAGAAAAACACUUUAUGAACGUCAGAAAGCUAAUGUUUGUGAUCCAGCAGAAUUAGAAUGUUUACAGACAUUAAUAGAAAAAGAAAUUAAAAAGUCCAAAAGAUACCAGGUGGAAAAUAUCAGAAGAAAACACAAUUAUUUGCCACUGAUAAUGGAAUUACUUAAAAUGCUUGCUAAAGAUGGAAAACUUGUACCCUUGUAUCAAAGAGCAAAGGAAAAGGCAUUGGAAAAAGAAUCAAAAAAAAAUAAUGUAUAAAGUUUAAUGCUGGGAUUGGAUAAAAAAAAGUCGAUAUGAAAUAUAUUUAUAAUAUAUAUUGAACGACUAAAUUGUAAUUUCUCUUUCAAAAUAAAUGUAAAUAUCAAAAAUGGUUUUCAUUAUGAAUUAAAAGAAAAUGU